AUGGUUGGAUGGGGCGUUCUUCAGGAUCCAAGGUAUCCAAAUAUUCCUGGAACCGUAAAUCUUGGUGAAAACACUGCUGGAGCUGAUGGUUCAUCAAAAGAAGCGAAUUGGGAUUAUGUUGAGCCAAAGAAGAGGGGUGAGAUUGUUCUCAAUCCUCAACCUUCUGAAAGUCCUAAUGAUCCUCUCAAUUGGACUACUGCUACAAAAAUGGCCAUUCUUCUCAUCUUAGCCUUGACUGCAGGUGUCACUGUCUCUCUCGGUCCAAUGAUUACUACCGGAUCCGAAGAUGUAGCAACAGCUUUCGGUGUCACCACAGAUCAAGUCUCCUUUAACAUUGUCGGGAUCAUGCAACUUACAACCGGUUCCGGUACAUUCUUCACUGCCGCAGCAGCAGCCGUAUGGGGAAAACGUCCAGUUUUCAUUGUGUCUACUAUUGGAUUGUUGUUUCAUGUCGCUUUCCAUCAUGCGAGCUGUUCAAGGUUUCUGUGCUUCUCCCUCGAGACACUCGUCAGCGCAACGGUUUCCGAGAUCUUCUUUGUCCAUGAGAAGGGUAAGAUGUUGAGUGUAUGGAAUUUGUUCGUUAUGGGUGGUGUUAAGCUUGGUCAACUCAUCGCAAGUUUCAUCAUCCAAUCCUUAGGAUUCAAAUUCACCUUUGGCAUCUGCGCUUGCAUCUACGCCAUGAUCAUCCCCGCCAUGUAUUUCUUUGUACCCGAAACCCUUUACAUUCCUCAAACCGAUCCUCCUACCCAACUCAUCGUCGACAAAACCGAAGGCCGAGUCUACGAAAUCGUCCUACCAGACAUGAAGAAAUCCCUCAAAGAACGUCUUUCCAUCUUCAACGGUCGCAUCUCACAAGCUAGCUUCUGGGCACUCGCCGCCAAACCAAUCCCGCUCGUUACUUUCCCCGCCGUCAUAUUCAGCGCCUUUACCUAUUCAUUCUACGCCGCCGGUCUAACCCUCAUCGCUUUACUCCAAGAUACCAUCUUCAGCGCGCCUCCAUACAACCUCUCCACUUCCGCCAUCGGACUUACCAAUCUUCCCCUCUUCGGCGUCGGACUCGUCGGCACCUUAGUUUCCGGAUACUGCGCCGAUUUUGUCGUCCAAUGGAUGACCCGCCACAACAAUGGUAUCUACGAACCCGAAUUCCGUCUCGUGCUUAUGUUCGUCGCGGCUUCUCUUUCCACCGUCGCAUAUAUCGGGUUUGGAUAUUCCGUUGCAGCAGGCGCAUCCAUCUACAUCCCCAUUGCCUUUUUGGGCGUCCAGACCUUCGCUGUUCCGUUUGCGACGAGCAGUAUGUUUACAUAUGUUAUGGAUUGUCACAAUCGGUUGGCACCACAAGCGUUCGUGACGAUGAAUUUUAUCAAGGCGAUUUUGUCGUUAGUCAUGAGUGAUUUUGUGAACGGAUGGUUUGAAGCAAGUGGUGCGAAGAGUGUUUUUACCACUGUGGCGAUUGCCAAUCUUGCAGUUUCUGCAUUUGCGAUUCCUAUGUAUAUCUUUGGAAAGAGAUUGAGGAGUAAAGUUGCUAGAAGUGCUUUUCAUCAAAAAUUCUAG